UUGAUGAUGAGUGAGAAAUCCGAAAAAGUAUGCCUAACAAGAAAUGAAGAGAGACAAGAAGAAGUGGAGACACAAACCCACAAGGAAGAUUAUCCCAAAGCACAGAGGCAGCUGCAGCAGAUUGAGAGACAGCUGAAAUGUUUGGCAUUUCAAAACCCUGGACCUCAAGUAGCUGAUUUCAACCCUGAAACAAGAAACCAGAAGAAGAAAGUCUACAUGUCUCAGAUGAAUGGAUAUUAUUCUACAAACAAGGUCUCCUUGAAGAAGUAUGACAAGAAAGGAAAACUUCUCUGCAAUAACAGAGAUUUGUGUGAUUGCCUGGAAGAGAACUGUCAAGGGUGUUUCUAUCCAUGCCCCAAAUGUAACUCCAGAAAAUGCGGGCCAGAAUGUCGCUGCAACAGAAAGUGGGUGUAUGACAGAAUACAGACGGAGUCAGGUGAUGUCAUCAGCAAGCUGCCCUUUUAUAUACCUGAAUAA